UCCCAGGGAAAGAGGGAGGGGCCGGAGCCGGAGCAGCCGCCGCCGCCAUGCCUCUCUCGGGCCUCACCCGGGAUGCCGCCGUCGGCUCCGCCGCUCUGGCCUUGGCCGUGGCCACCGGAUUCUGGGCAGGCAGAAGAUAUUAUUCCGCGUUUAGUUCUGCAACCGCAAAAGGCAUCCUCGGCAAAAACCAACCGCUGUUGCAAUAUGUCCUGGAUCACUCCUUACGGGAGCAUCCUUCUCUCAAGAAGCUGAGAUUGCUGACGAUGGACGUUCCUCAGAAAGGGAUGCUGGUGUCUUCGGAUCAGGCCCAGCUCAUGGCAAACCUCGCCCGCCUGAUCAAAGCCAGGAAAGCGCUGGAAAUCGGUGUCUUCACAGGGUACAACACCUUAAACAUGGCCCUUGUGUUGCCGGAAGAUGGCCGAGUCGUUGCUUGUGACAUCAAUGAAGAUUUUGCCAGUAUUGGCAAACCAGUGUGGAAAGAGGCAGGAGUGGAGCAUAAAAUUGACCUGAGGAUAAAACCAGCCGUCCAAACUCUAGACGAACUUAUAGCCGGUGGCGAAGUUGGAACCUUCGACUUUGCGUUCAUAGACGCUGACAAAGAGAGCUACAACGAUUACUAUGAAAAAUGUCUACAGCUUAUAAGGAAAGGAGGAAUCAUAGCAAUUGAUAAUGUGCUGUGGCAUGGCCGAGUGCUGAACCCCAGAAAAGAUGACUUGGAAACGCAAAGCCUCCACCACUUGAACGAAAAGUUAUUCCGUGGACUCCGCGUGACGAUCAGCAUGAUUACUAUGGGGGAUGGGGUGACACUGGCGUUCAAGCUCUAAGGAGCGGGAGGCCGGAGCCACAAAGGAGAAGAGCCCCCCCCCCCCGCCCCCCUGGAUUAUGUACGACCCCAAUCAUGUACGACAGAGAAUAUGGAAUGUAUACUUCGGCUUUCUCCUAGUUAGAAUAGGAGAGGCUGGGAACCCAGCUGUGACCAGAGCUAGGGCCACCAGGGUGGAUUCUUUGUGGGACGGACAACCAUCUCAUGCAGAUACUUAACACAAAAUAGAAUUUUUUCACUCGUAUAUAAAAUUGGUCGAGAAGCUG